UUAAGGAUGGCCAUUUUCUUUUGAAGGCAUGUUUUUAAACAUUACUCCUCCUUUCAACACUUCUCGCAUCGCAAUGGGCAUAUCCCAGAACUGCCUGUCCCUGUCCAGCCAUCUACGUUGAGUGAUCAUGUCGAGCGAUGGUCCUGAGACUGCUCCUCAACAUGGUGACGAGAAGAGUACCACAGGCGGGGUGGAUCAGCGGCCGAGGUCGGAGGACCCGGAGGUAAGCGAUGCCGCCGAGGUUGCGGGAGAGAACGCCCAGAACCUGACACCGGGGCUUCCUUUUUCGAAAGCGCGGUGCGUUGCCCUCGUGGCCACCUUGACGGGAGCAAGCUUCCUCGGGAGCUUGUCAGCACAAGCCGUCGUGAUCAUUCUCCCAACUAUUGGCGAAGAUCUCAACAUACCAGAAGCAAGACUUCAGUGGAUUAUCUCCGCGUAUUCGCUCACGUUCGGAUGCUUCUUGCUCUUUUGGGGCAGAGUGGCCGACAUCUAUGGGAAGCGCAAGAUCUUCAUCUGGGGCUCGGCAUGGUUCGCCGUGACGACGCUCGUCAACCCUUUUAUACCGAAUGAGAUUGCAUUUGACUUGUUCCGGGCACUGCAGGGCCUGGGUGCCGCAGCCAACGUCCCAACUGCGAUUGGGAUUCUAGGAACCACUUUUCCUCCAAGCAAAGCCAAGAACUAUGCCUUCAGCUGCUACGCCGCUGGUGCUCCGUUGGGCGCCGUAAUUGGAAACUUGGUCGGCGGCAUCGUCGCCCAGUAUGCCUCUUGGAAAUGGGUGUUUGUGGUGAUUGCCCUCGCAGCAUUUGCCAUCAGCGCAGCUGCAAUAUUCGUCAUCCCGCCUCCCAGAGACCCUCUCCGGGAAGAUGGCACACCCAGGCCAUCGAUCGACUGGCUAGGGGCUGUUUUGGUCACGGUCGGGCUCCUUGCGCUCCUCUUCGCCUUGACCGAGGGUAACGUUGUUGGAUGGAACACGCCGUGGGUGGGCGUGCUCAUUGUUGUCUCCCUCAUCCUCAUCGCGCUCUUCGUUUUCUGGCAGAGCCACCUCGAAAAGACGGGAAAGCUGGCCCCGAUCAUGAAGGUGUCGAAUUUCCGGAACCCGCAGUUCAGCGCUGCCAUGGCCAUCAUGGCCGUUUUCUUCAGCGCUUUCAACGGAUUUCUGGUGUUUGCGACCUACUUCUACCAGGAUUAUCAGGGGCACGACCCCUUGCAGACAACGCUCCGGUUCAUGCCCAUGGGCAUCACCGGCUUCAUCACCGCCGCCAUUGUGUCGCAGCUACUGGCCAGGGUCCCCACGUACAUGCUGCUGGUGGUUGGCAACGCCUGCGUCUCUGUCGCGGCCUUGCUCUUUGCUGUUCCGAUCCCGCCCGACACAAUAUACUGGGCGUGGUCUUUCCCGGCAAUGGUCCUGUCGGUAUUCGGUGCCGAUACCACAUGGCCGUCCCUGAUCCUCUUCACCAGCCACUCGCUGCCGCAGGCUGAUCAAGCUCUCGGAGGUGCGCUGAUCAAUGCGAUGGGGCAAAUUGGACGUGCGAUCGGGUUGGCCUUGGCCACAGCGGUUCAAACAGCGGUGAUGGCGAAAGAAAGAGGCGUCGAUGUUCAGGAGGCCGGCUCUGUCGAGGUGGGAGACAUGGCUUCGCUUCUUGGGCUUAGGGCUGCCGAAUGGCUGAAUUUCGGUCUUGGAAUUGUCGCGCUGCUCCUGGUGCUUGCUGCAUUCCGAGGGACUGGCAUUAUCGGGAAGGCAGGAUCAGAAGGGGCGCGAAGAAAGGGAAGCGCAGCCGGCCCGGUGCCGAAAUGAGGAGAAUGGGAAAGCCUAAACCUAUCAAUUGAUCGAGUAGGAGCCAGAAAAAUCAUCGGAUACUUAUUUGGCUGCCUACCUCAAGAAUACACAUCGCUUGACCAGUUGAUGACUUUGCGGCCAGUGUGUACUUCCUAUUAACAAAGGAACAAAGGUAUAAAGGCUUGCAAAAAGGGAAACUCAAUGCUAGUUGGG